GAUGUAAAGUUGAUGUUCGCGCUCUAUCAACGGUGGUUGAUUAACCAACACAUAUACUUUCACUCGGCAAGUUCUAUAACUAACUUUUACUUAUACCCUGUGAUUCUUCGGUCUUUCUGGAAAUAUGGCGCCGACGGCUGAGAAGAAAACGAAAACAGUAAAGGGAUUGCCAGCAGUGCCCGAAUCGGUAUUGAAGCACCGAAAAAGGCGGGAGGCGUCUCGUCUUAAGCGAUUGGAAUCUGAAUUUAAAAAAAAGAAGAAUCAGAUAAAGAAACGUAAAGACAUUUUUAAAAGAGCUGAACAAUAUGUUAAGGAAUAUCGAUUGCGAGAACGCGAUGAAAUCAGACUUAUCAGGCAAGCGAAGAAUAGAGGGAACUUCUAUGUGCCUGGUGAAGCUAAAUUAGCUUUUGUUAUUCGUAUAAAGGGUAUUAAUAAAGUGGCACCAAAAGUCCGUAAAGUUCUGCAGUUGUUCCGAUUGCUGCAGAUCAACAAUGGAGUAUUUGUAAAGCUUAACAAAGCCACUAUUAACAUGCUGAGAAUAUGUGAGCCUUACAUUACUUGGGGCUAUCCUAACCUCAAAUCCAUAAGAGAACUCAUUUACAAGCGUGGAUUUGCUAAAGUAAAUGGCCAGCGCAUUCCCAUAACAAGCAAUCAAAUUAUUGAGGACAGACUGGGCAAAUCUGGCAUAAUCUGUAUUGAAGAUUUGGUACAUGAAAUUUUCACUGUCGGGUCUAAUUUUAAAUAUGCCUCAAACUUCCUCUGGCCCUUCAAGCUUAAUACUCCGACUGGUGGAUGGCGCAAGAAGACCAAUCACUACGUUGAGGGUGGAGAUUUUGGCAACAGAGAAGAUAAAAUCAAUGAGCUUCUUAGAAGGAUGGUGUAAAACCAUUGUUUGAUGAAAUAAAUUAUAACAUCUAAAAU